UCUUAUGCAAGAAAGUUCAAGAUGGCGGCUAGGUCCGCGAUCGGAGCGACUGUGAGAGCAGUCAAUAAACCUAGAAAAUUUGCUGCCAGAAGAGCUGCAAUAACCCUGACUCCUGCCGCAGUAGAGAAACUCAGAUCACUUUUAAAAUCAGAAACUGAUGAUAGUGCAUUAAAAAUAGGAGUGAAGCAAAAAGGAUGUAAUGGGCUUACUUAUACCUUAGACUAUACAAAAGAAAAGGGCAAGUUUGAUGAGGAAGUUACUCAAGAUGGUGUAAAAAUAUACAUUGAUUCCAAGGCACAGUUGUCGCUGUUAGGAACUGAAAUGGACUAUGUAGAACACAAGCUGGCCAGUGAAUUUGUGUUUAAUAAUCCCAACAUCAAAGGAACUUGUGGAUGUGGAGAAAGCUUUCAUGUAUAAUUUGCAUGACUUGUGUUUGUUUGUAGCAAAGGUCAUGUGGACCAGCUUUGAAACUGAAAGUAACACCCUACAUCCUGACUUCUGCUCGGCAAGGGCAUAAAUGUGGGAUAUAGAAAAUGAAAAUGUUACCAAAAAAUCAUUCCUUUUAAUUUUUUAUUUUCUUUUGAUGAAGCAGAGACUCAACAACACAUUUGACUAAAUUUGAAAAGCUCUUGAGACAUAAUGUUGUCUGUGCUUCAAAAUCCCCCCCAAAAAAGUGAGCUGUCUCGACAAACACACCACUGGUGUGUUUAUUUUUGGACACAUUUUGUUCAAGCAAAAAGGAUGUUUACACACUCGCAAGGAAAAAAGAUUCUGCAUACCUUUUUAAGGCAGGCUGCACUUAAUAUUAUCAGCCCACUAUGAUAUUAUUUAAACUGGAAAUUCAGACUAUGCUGGACUUCAAUGCCAAGAGCAAGAUGGGAAUUGCCAACAGGAGUAACUGCUCGAAAGUGGAUUGGCAGUAAUCUGUGCAACAACAAAACUGUCCUGGGGAAAUUCCUAUUUGGAUUAAUGGCCAAUUUAUGCCCGUUAUUUGUCAUUUUUGGUGAUAAUUUUUUUGUUGGUAAGAUGUGAUUAUUAGCAUAUUUACAUAUAGACUUGUCAGAUGCAAGUUUCCUCAAAGAUGCAAUGUCAAGGUUCACUUAGAAACAAUUCUAAUUUUGCUUGUUUUGUAACAUUAAUUCUUACUCUCCAAGACCUGUAAAUAUGGACUAAAAAAAAUAUUAGAAACAAUAUCA